AUUACAAUACAGCGGCCGAUAGUCACUCAUCGAACUUGCAAUAGUUGAAGAUACUGUUUGUUUGUUAUUUCAGUGCUUUGCUCUAGUUUAACAUGUCACACAUUCCACCCAACCAACCUUACUACGGCUAUCCGCCGCCGAGUAUGCCGCCGGGCUACACCUACGUGCCUACACCCGUAAUGAUGCCGGCCUACCCCCCUCCCCCGAAUGACAUCAACAACCAGCCAACAUACGUCACCAACCAUAUAUACCAUCCGCCCGUUCAGGUGUCAGAGGUUGAGCCAACGCCCGUGAUGGUGGUUGAGAAUUCACCCCAAGAGGUAAUCGACUGGGCUCCUGCCACCACUUCCACUGCCAACUCCCUGAUGACUCAAGCCUACUACGCUGGGAGGGAGGGGUGGGACGGCAGCCCCCUCUGGGUCAUCAGAGCCCACCACAACGGCAACCUGGUGCCGGGCAAGCUGGCGAUCCACCACAAGGCAGCGUAUAUACCCUUUGCGGGACUGGAAGUGCCGGUGCAUAAUUUUGAGGUUCUAUGUGCCCAACAAAACGCCGUGCAAUGGAUCCCUGCCAAUAACGGCUCCGUACCGCCGCAAGCAAUCAUAGCGGGCAACACGCACUCCGCCGAACCGCUCUACAUCGGCAGAGUUAGACAUAGAGGCUCUCUCACUCCUGGCAAAGUUCACCCCAGCCACAACUGCUGCUACAUUUCCUUCGGUGGAUCAGAAACAUCUUAUAGGCAAUAUGAAGUACUGUGCAGAGUCUAACAAUAAGAAAGAUGGCAUUAAAAUGAAUACUUAUGCGAAAUAUUAUAAUGAUUAUAAAAAACUAAGGCAUGACAAAGAACUGUAAAUAAAAAAUACAAAAAAAUAUAUGUGCGCCUGUCUGCUGGGGCAGGUACUCAAUAUAUUCAUAUAUUACGAGUAAUAAGAGUAUGUUCAGCCCCCCUAGAUAAGUGGCAAAACGCUAACGCUAACGCUAGCGCUAAC